CUGCAGUAAAAGUUUGGAAUUAAUCAUACAGGUGGCUUUUGAUGUGCGAGGGAAAAACACUACGCUAUGACAUCUUGGUUGCAUGGAUUCUUGUCGUGAUGGAACUUAAGUUUUUCUCCCAGUGUUUCCCGGUUCAUUUAUUCUGAGAUUUGAAAUCUUUUUAUUCCAUUUGUAUUUUUAUUUUAUUUUUUAUUUUUGAAACUUAAGGUAGCACCAUGACGGACGGAACCGAAAAAGCUGCUAUGGGAUAUGAACAUACUUUGAUGUUUGGUCAAUAUCGGGAAGACCUAGGGGAAUAUGCUAGAUUGGAAGCAUCUAGGCUUAAAAGCUUAGAAAAAUUCAGAAAAAAAGAAGAGAAAAGGCGGCAGAAAGAACUUAAGCCUUACAAAAAUGCUGUUCAUAGAAAACUAGUUGGCUUGUGGCAAAAUACUUUUGCACGUUUAGGGGAGGAUUGGUUUUUCCUUGCUUUCCUAGGAGUUAUCUCUUCUCUUUUGAGCUUUUCAAUGGAUUAUGCAAUAUCCAUGUGUCAAAAAUCUCGUAUCUGGUUGUAUAGAGAUUUGACUGCUCACCCAUUUCUACAGUAUCUUGCUUGGGUAGCCCUACCUAUGUGUCUCAUUCUUUUCUCUGCAGGAUUUGUUCAUGUCACAGCUCCUCAAGCUAUAGGUUCUGGUAUUCCUGAAAUGAAAACAAUUUUGAGAGGUGUUGUUUUAAAAGAAUAUUUAUCACUACGUACACUCAUUUCAAAAGUCAUUGGAUUAACAUGCACAUUAGGUAGUGGAAUGCCCCUUGGUAAAGAGGGUCCUUUUGUCCAUAUCUCUAGUAUCUUGGCCACUAUUCUCAGUAAACUUGUUACAUCUUUUAAAGGAAUUCAUGAGAAUGAAUCCAGAGCCAAUGAGAUGUUGGCAGCUGCCUGUGCUGUAGGUGUUGCCUGCAGUUUUGCUGCUCCCAUUGGAGGUGUCCUCUUCAGUAUUGAAGUAACAUCAGUGUAUUUUGCUGUACGAAAUUAUUGGAGAGGAUUUUUUGCUGCUUGCUGUGGAGCAAUGGUCUGGCGAUUACUUGGUGUUUGGUUUAAGAAUGAGGAAACACUCACAGCAAUAUUUAGAACAAAUUUCCACAUAGACUUUCCAUUUGAUCCUCAAGAGCUUAUUGUAUUUGCUGGAAUUGGAGCAGUUUGUGGAUUAGGUGGUGCAUUUUUUGUGUGGUUUCACCGGCAAAUUGUGCAUUUUAAUCGAAAGCAUAAAAGGAUGAAUGCUUUUCUUCAGCAGAAUCGUUUCAUUUAUCCUGCUGUGAUUACCUUGAUUAUUUCUACUGUGACUUUUCCUUUGGGCCUAGGGCAGUUUAUGGCUGCUGAGUUGACAACGCAUGAAUCUAUGAAUGAAUUGUUCAGCAAUGUCACCUGGUCAAAUCAUCAUUUAGAAGUGGAUGAAGCCAUAAUUGUCAGCCACUGGACUACAGAUUACACAAACAUUUUUGUAAAUUUAGUAGUUUUCAUCAUAAUUACAUUUUUUACUACCACUUUAGCUGCUACAUUGCCUGUACCAUCUGGUCUCUUCAUACCUGUUUUCAAAAUGGGAGCUGCUUUUGGAAGACUUGUUGGUGAAUGUAUGGCAUCUUGGUUUCCAGAAGGAAUUACCUUGGGUAGCAGUGUUAAUAAAAUCAUUCCAGGUGGCUAUGCUGUUGUUGGUGCAGCUGCUCUCUCGGGAAGUGUUACUCAUACUAUUUCUACAUCUGUAAUUGUGUUUGAGCUGACAGGACAGAUGUCUCACAUACUUCCGGUUAUUUUAGCUGUGCUAAUAGCGAAUGGAAUAUCUCAAGCUCUUCAACCAUCUAUCUAUGACAGCAUUAUCCAGAUUAAAAAGCUACCUUAUUUACCUCCAAUUGUUUCUACAUCUUCUGAAGCUCACAAUGUGUUUGUAGCAGACAUUAUGGUACGAGAUGUGGUGAGUGUGUGGAGAGGAUGCACAUACAAAGAUCUUCGCAGUAUUCUAAAGCUAAAGAAACGGCUUCAGUUCUUUCCUCUUGUAGAGUCCCUUGAAUCAAUGAUUCUACUAGGAUCUAUCCAAAGAAUUGAGCUUCUUCGCCUGUUGGAAUUGCAGUUAGGUCGUGAGAGAAGACUUCAAGAAGCUGCAAAACGUGCACAACUGACAGAAUCUCCCAAAACUCCUCAGACGGAAAAAAAGCCCUCUCGUUUUGAAGUAGUGCCUGUUGUCAGCAGCACAAGACCCUCCCCUAAGUGUUCUCCCCCUCCCUCCCCAGCUGCUACCCCCAAGUCUCCCAAAAAGUCAUUCCUUCGAUAUUCUCCUGUUAAUUCCCCGUAUAAUACGAUCACUUCCCUUGAUGCUCGUCUGAAACAAGCUUUUGAAAAUGUCUUCAAAAAGCCUUUCACUGAUCCAUUUGAAAAGGUUUUGCUCCCAUCUUUGUCACUGACCUCAACAUACAGUUUUUCUCAGUUUGAAUCCAGUGUUCCUAGCACUCCAGUGACAAAAAGAUCACAGCAACCUAGAAUUUUAGUUGACAUGUCACCAGAAGAACUUUUAGCCUGGGAAGAAGAUCAGUUGAAUGCAGUGGUUGAUUUUAGCAAAUGUCAUGUAGAUCCUGCCCCAUUUCAGUUGGUUGAAAGGACCACUCUCAUUAAAGUUCACUCACUUUUUUCCAUGUUGGGCUUGAAUUAUGCCUAUGUGACUGCCAUUGGACGAUUAGUUGGUGUAGUUGCUUUGAAAGAGCUGCGAAAAGCAAUUGAAAACAUCAGCAGUGGUCUUUUUAUAACGAGCUCCAAUCAUUUUGGUCACAAUGAGAAGUCUGAGCCCCCAUCUGAAACACAGUCCGAGUGUGAAGACAAUUUAGAUACAGGUAAAGUUACCGUCAAGAGGCGCAAUCAAGAAGACCAACAUGGUUCUAAUGUGUGAGAAAACAGAACUACUUUGAAUGUGUUUUAUGCUUGCUGUUGUUCAGUCUUUUGAUGUUGACUAUCUGUACUGCUCCAAUUACUUUUAAAAGAUAGUUGUCAUAGUUGACUGUCAUUUAAGGAGUGGUAGUCUUGCAUUUAUAAUGAUCCUAUUUAUUUUUAACAAAAGUUGUAUCUAUUUAUUUAUGUAAUUAUGAAUCUCGGUGCAAUUUGAUUUGGGAGAAUUUUUAUUGAAAAAGACUUCUUUUUAUUUUAUAACUAUUUUGCAUUUAAAUAUUGGUUUUUAUGAAAUAUUUUAUAUGAAUUGAAUUAUUUUUAAUUUUUUCUUAUUUUGCAACAUACUUCUAAAUUGAAAGUUCAUUUCAUUUCUUCUCAUUUACUAAGAGGAAGUAUGAUGAAAAAAGGAUUUAAUCAUAUUGUGAACCCGACUGUUUAUUUCUCAGUGCAGUUAUGAGAAAAUUUUAACUAGCAUCAAAGAGGUCUAUAGUUAAAAAUACACCCUUUUUUUAUUUCUUGUAUCAUUUAAAGGUCAGUAGUGAUAGUUAAAUAGGAAAACAUAUUUUUACUCUUUUUGUUUAAAAUCAUUUACUUUUGCAUAAAAAUAUUGGUAGCAUGAGGGGAUUAAAUAUGCCUAUCUUAAAAUGCCGAAUUUUAAUUGUAAAAUGUACUUUCAUAAUAUUUACAUGGUAUUAAUGAUAAAAUCAGUUGUUAAAAAUUUUAUCAAGCAAUACUAAAAAGUUUUAUUGUUAUAUUUAAAUUUUGCUUUAUCAAUCAUUUAUAAUGUUAUUAUGUAACAAUGGCUGUCAGUUUUAUAUUUUGAAUUUAAAUUAUUCAUCUAAUUUUAAUGUUAUAGACUUAUGUUUGUUGAUAUCUAUAUGUCAAUUCAUCACUUACUGUAUUUCAUUGCAUUACAACUUUGUUGAUUAAUGCUGUACAGGAAAAGCCUUGAAAGGGAACAUUGAGAUGUCAAGAAAUUGAUUUGCAUUGAGAAAUGCUGCUGUGAAAAGCAGACAACUAAUUCUUUUUUCUUUUGUCUUUAUUUUAAAAUAGAAGAGUUGGAAAGUGGAACUAGAACUAGCUUUCUUUCAUUAUACUCAAAUAAGUUUUCAAAUUAUUUUUAUGCUGCAUUAAGCAUGUAAUUUCUAAAAUUUCAUUAGAAAAAAAAUUUCUAAAAUCAGUAAAUUUAUUUGCAUCUAUUUAUUUCUUUAGAUUUUUGGUUCAAGAUUCAUCUUUGGCUAAAUAGCACAUUUAUUUCCUUAAAAUAAAUUAUUGCAAUGCACCUGUUGCUGUGUUAACUAGUCUUUUUUAGACUAUUUUUUUCUUAUUUUUGAACUAUAGAUAAAUCACAAUACAAAGAUAUAUAUUGCAUUUAUUCAUAUAUUCCUAGAUAUUUGUUUUCUAUUUAUUGAUCAAUUUUUGUUGAUUUAGGAAAACAUAAAAGAUGUAUUAGAAUGCAAUUUCUUUGUGAGCAGUCAAAUGUUAUUGUGUGAUUUAAAUUGAGAUCAAACGAUGAGAUAAAGUUUGGAUAGGGAUUGUAAAAGGAAAUUUAUAUUUUUGUAAUUUAAAUCUAUUAUAAGAUAACUGAUGACAAAAAACGUGUUAAAACAGAUUAUUUCCAUUCUGGCAAUAAAUAUUGUUUAUUAUUUUCAAACAUUUUAAAUAUUUUUUUUUUCAUGAAGCGAUUGAAGGCACGCGGUUUUAAAUAAUCUGUUAAUAGCACAUUACUUUUCAUUAUGGAUAUUGAUAAAUAUACCCUUUAUUAAUGCAUCCCAUUAGUAUAAAUUGUGUCAUAUUUUGAAUUUCUGUCAAACAUAUGAGAAUAAGCCAUAAAGUAUAGUGAUUAAGCAUUUUAAAAAAAGUAUAAUGUUUAUUCCAACAAAAGUUAAUGUUGUACAUGAACAUAAAGUAUCUGAAAAAUAUGAAAGCUCAAAAUAUUUUUACAUUGAUGGGUGGAUACAUGGAAAUUGUUAUAUUGGCUCAGAUAUUUUUAUCACCACUGAAUGAAGCCCUUAAUUAUGUUCUCAAUUAAUUUUCUCCCCGUUACAGCAUGAUAUUCUACAUCAUGCUAUAAUGUACUGAAUUCUGUAUUCACAUUAUUACUUUGUGCAGCAUUCAGAAUAUUAAAUAUAUAUAUAUAUAUAUAUAU